AUGGGAUCCCUCGUCUGGGACGACGAGAACCGCUGGGUGGGCAAGCAGCCCUGGUGGAAGGACGCCACCUUCUACCAAGUCUACCCGGCCAGCUUCAAGGACUCGGACGGCGACGGCUGGGGCGAUCUGCCCGGCCUCAUAUCCGAGGUCGACUACCUCCACGAGCUCGGCGUCGACGUCGUCUGGGUCUCCCCCAUCUUCGAGAGCCCCCAGGCCGACAUGGGCUACGACGUCUCCGACUACCAAAAGAUCUACGCCCCCUACGGCACCGUCGAGGACGUCGACACCUUGCUCGACGAGUGCCACCGCCGCGGCAUGAAGGUCAUCCUCGACCUCGUUGUCAACCACACCUCCGUCGAGCACCACUGGUUCAAAGAGUCCCGCUCGUCCAGGGACAACCCUAAGCGCGACUGGUACAUCUGGAAGCCCGCGCGCUAUGACGAGAACGGCGUGCGCCACCCGCCGACGAACUGGCGCGGAUACUUUGCCGGCCCGACGUGGACCUGGGACGAGCACUCGCAAGAAUACUACUUGCACCUGUACGCGCCCGACCAGCCCGACUUGAACUGGGAGAACGACGCCUGCCGCGAGGCGAUUUACGAGGACACGAUGCGCUUCUGGCUGGAGCGCGGCGUCGACGGGUUCCGCAUCGACACGGUCAACAAAUACUCCAAGCGGACCGACUACGUCGACGCGCCCAUCACCGACCCGACGUCGCCGCACCAGCCGGCGCCCGAGAUGUGGUGCAACGGCCCGCGCAUUCACGAGUUCAUCCGCGAGAUGAACCGCAAGGCCCUGGCCCCUUACAACGCCGUCUCCGUCGGCGAGCUGUCCCUGACGCCGCACCCGUCGCAGGUGGUCCCCUACGUCUCGGCCGCCGCCAAGGAGCUGGACAUGGUGUUCGAGUUCUCCGUCAUCCGCCUCGGCAACGGCAACGGCUUCGGCGCCAAGUACAUCUACCAGCCCUUCCCGCUGUCGACCCUCAAGAGGUACACCGAGACGUGGCAGUCCUUCAUCGAGGGCACCGACGCCUGGGCCACGGCCUUUUGCGAGAACCACGACAACGGCCGCGCCGUGUCGCGCUUCGGCGACGACUCGACGCCCGACCUGUGGCGCGCCUCGGCCAAGACCAUCGCGCUGUGGCAGGCCACCAUGUCCGGCACGCUCUUCCUGUACCAGGGCCAGGAGAUCGGCAUGACCAACAUGCCCGCCGCCUGGGGCAUCGAGGAGUACAAGGACAUCGAGAGCGGCAACUUCUACGCCGAGGCCCUCGAGUCUGGCGACCGCGAGCGCAUCGACAAGACGAUGCACGGCCUGCGCAUCCUGGCGAGGGACCACUCGCGGAUCCCGUUCCAGUGGGACGACGGCCCCAACGCCGGCUUCACGACGGCCGGCGCGAGGCCGUGGAUGCGCGUGCACGACGACUACAGGAGCAUCAACGCCGCCCAGCAGCGCGGCGACCCGGAUUCGAUCCUGGCCUUCUACAAGACGGCGCUGGCGCUGAGGAAACGGCACCGCGACCUCUUCGUCCACGGCUCGCACCGGCUGAUUGACCCGGACAAUGAGCGGACGUGGACCAUCCUCAAGGAGAGCCCGGCGCCGGUGAGCGCGAAGCCGGCGGUGGCGGCGGCGGCGGUCCGGAGGAGGGCGCUUGUCGUGAUGAACUUCUCCAAAGGCGAGGAGACCGCGGGUGAUGUGCCGGCGCUACUCGGUUGCGACGCGGGUGACGUGAGGCUGUUGGUGGGCACAAGAGAGGGCGGGGAGCUGGUCAAGGGGGUGGCUCCCGUGCUGAGAGGGUGGGAAGCGAGGGUGUAUACAAACUUUGAGAUCUAG